AUGAUGCCCUCAGUUCACCAGGCAGGAGUUUCUCCCCUCCUGCUCAAAGCCAGUGAGGUGAUGACAAGCGACAGUCGUACUGAAACCAAGGAAUGCAUGAAGACAACACAAGUGCUGAGCAAUGCUACUGUUGUUAUAUCGGGGCCCACUACUCACAACAAGGAGGAAGUGAAAGAGUUUCAUAUUGGGGUCAGGGACAUCCAAAAGAACACUUCAGCAAGAUGGAUAUACUUCCACACAUGCCCUAGAGGAGAGGAAGUUGAUGAUGACCUUUUUCAUCACUGCAACUCUCGAACAUUCAGUUCUUUCCAAAAUAUGCAGUACAUCAGUGCAGCUCUUAUGGCAAAUGCAGUCAAAGGAUAUAAGUUCUAA